AUUAAAUAAAAGGCGCGUUUGCUAAGACAGAGUCAGUCUCCUGGCUGCUAGAUCUUGAUUCUAUUGAUGCUCAAAGAAAAUUGUACUCAGAAACAUCAAAGUCGAAAGAUAUCCCCAAAUCGAUCGAUUUAAUCAUUUCUUAAAAUUAGGGUUUCAAAAGAAUUUCCAUAAAACAAAUUGAAGAAACAGCAGAAAGAAUGGCAAAAGCAAGAUAUUCACGUCUUCCAGCAAGAAAAUCGUCAUCACCAACAACAAUGAUACUGACAAUGCUUUUGAUGUUCACAUUCGUGAUCUUGAUUCUUCUGGCUCUUGGAAUUCUAUCAGUUCCUAGUAAUUCCGGUGAUAAAGCUCACGAUCUCACCACUAUUGUCCAUAAUAAAGAACAAAGUUUUGAUGGAGAUGAUGGGAAAGGAGAGAGAUGGGCUGAGGUGAUCUCUUGGGAGCCUCGUGCUUUUGUUUAUCAUAAUUUCUUGACCAAGGAGGAAUGUGAAUACCUAAUAAAUCUUGCCAAGCCAAAUAUGCAGAAGUCUACAGUUGUUGAUAGUGAAACUGGAAGGAGUAAAGAUAGCAGAGUGCGGACAAGCUCUGGCACUUUCCUUUCCAGAGGCCGUGACAAAAAGAUCAGGGACAUUGAGAAAAGGAUUGCUGAUUUUUCCUUCAUACCUGUAGAGCACGGGGAAGGACUUCAAGUUCUCCACUAUGAAGUUGGGCAAAAAUAUGAGCCUCACUUUGACUACUUUAAUGAUGAGUUCAAUACAAAGAAUGGGGGUCAACGCGUAGCUACUCUUCUUAUGUAUCUCUCAGAUGUUGAAGAAGGGGGUGAGACUGUCUUCCCUGCUGCCAAAGGAAAUUUUAGUGCGGUUCCUUGGUGGAACGAAUUGUCUGAGUGCGGAAAAAAAGGACUUUCUGUUAAACCAAAUAUGGGUGAUGCAUUGCUUUUCUGGAGCAUGAAGCCUGAUGCCACUCUGGAUCCUUCAAGUUUGCAUGGUGGUUGCCCUGUGAUUAAUGGGAAUAAGUGGUCAGCUACCAAGUGGAUGCGUGUGAAUGAGUACAAAGUCUGAGUUAUGGCUGUGAAGUUAAUUGUAUGACUAAACAUCUCAUCUGUAAGUUGCCCCUUCCAGGAAAAGGCUCCAUCACUAAAAUGGGCUUCAAAAUCGAUGUGUAAUCUUCUUAUAUACAGCGAUACGCCUUCCUAUCAAUAGCUUCGACAUCCCACAGUGAGAAUUUGGAGCCUUUUCUUUGAGGAUAAAUUAGUCUUUUUUAUUAAUGGUUACAGCAGAAAUAGAAUAUGUGAAUUUGAGUUGCUGAUACAUAGACAUUUGUUCUGUCCUGAUUUUGUAACUGUGAUAAUAUUUGUUUUCUACCCCGAAAUAAAUCUCUGUUGGAGACAAUAUUCUCCCGUUA